AUGGCGCCUGGCGACCAAGGUGACGAAGAGGUCACGAGCAUCAUCCAUGAUUAUCAUGUGUCUGCUACACAUGCUCAUUCGAUACGUGAGGCAACCGAGUCGACGCCACCACCGCGCAAGGUCAACUUCAGUGCCAAUAUUGACGCAAAGAUCCGCAAUCCCCUUGUGGGAAUCCCAAGGAGACGGCUUCUUGCUGACAUUGACGACUUCUGCCGGGCCAAGGGGCUAGAGAAGCACAGGGGCAUUAUCCGAAAGGGCGCGCUUGUCGCGCAGGAUCCAUCGGGGUAUGAGGACAUUACGGGACCCGAUGCGCUGUCGCCCGAUGAAGUUGAAGCCCUCCGUGACGAGAUCCUCCACAAGUGGAGGGUACCUCGCGCCUUGAAGAGGACCAUCCUCGUCUGUUCGAUUGGCGCGGCUGUCCAGGGCUGGGACCAGACUGGUUCCAAUGGCGCAACACUCGAAUUCCCAAAGGCACUGGGCAUCGGGGGGAGCUCCAUGCACGACAAACUCAUUGUGGGACUGAUCAACGCUGGGCCGUACAUUGGCACGGCCUUGGUGGGCUGCUGGAUGUCCGACCCUAUCAACAAUUUGUUGGGCCGCCGCGGUACUGUUUUUGUGGCAUCACAAUUCUGCCUCUGGCCUGUUAUUGCCAGCGCCUUCUGCAAUGAUUGGCAGUCUUUGCUUGGCUGCCGUCUGCUCCUAGGGGUCGGUAUGGGCUCCAAGGCAGCGACUGUGCCGAUUUACGCUGCCGAGGCCACCCCUGCCCCUAUCCGUGGCGCGCUGGUCAUGAGCUGGCAGCUCUGGGUCUCCUUUGGCAUAUUCCUUGGGACCCUGGCCAACCUCGUGUGCGCGAAAGCUUUUGUAGAGCCGUGGAGAUACCAGCUUGGGUGUGCCUUCCUGCCCGCCGUGCCCUUGGCUUUGCUCAUCUACUCAUGCCCUGAGUCGCCUCGUUGGUAUAUCAAAAAGAACCGCUACGUCGACGCGAUGAACUCGCUAUUACGAUUGAGGAACAAUCCGGUGCAGGCAGGGCGAGAUUUAUACUACAUUCACGUUCAACUGCAGGUCGAGCACGAAUACAUUGGCCGCGGAAACUACCUCAGGCGAAUCGUGGAGCUCUUCACCAUCCCUCGAAUACGAAGGGCGACAUUGGCGUCGUGGGUUGUGAUGAUUGCACAGCAAAUGUGUGGCAUUAACAUCAUCGCAUUCUACUCGACCAGCGUCUUUGCGCAAGCUGGCUCGACCGAUUUCGAGGCAUACCUGUCAACAAUGGGCUUCGGACUGAUCAACUUUGUUUUUGCUUUUCCAGCGAUUUGGACAAUCGACACGUUUGGUCGACGAUCUUUGCUACUAUUUACAUUUCCGCAAAUGGCGUGGACAUUGCUGGCGGCAGGUCUUUGCACGCUCAUACCGCCAUCUACGGGCUUACAUACAGUCUUUGUGGCGUUUUUCGUAUACCUCUUUGCCGCCUUUUACUCACCCGGCGAGGGACCAGUGCCGUACCCCUAUUCGGCAGAGGUCUUCCCAUUGUCACACCGCGAAGUCGGCAUGGCCUGGGCAGUUGCGACGUGCCUUUUCUGGGCUGCUAUCUUGUCUAUCACCUUUCCACUCAUGCUGGACCGGCUUGGUGUGCUGAACUCGUUCGUAUUAUACGGCUGCUUUAAUCUCAUCGCGCUGGUCAUGAUCUUUCUCUGGCUUCCCGAGACAAAACAACGCACACUCGAGGAACUCGACUAUAUUUUCGCCGUCCCCACGCGCGUUUUCAUGCGGUAUCAGGUCACGAAGACCCUGCCCUGGUGGUUUAAGCGGUGGAUUCUCUUUCGGAAGAAUGUGCCCCUCGAGCCAUUAUACCACCUGGACUUUGAAAAUCACAGGGAGGAAGAUGACGAAGAGGAAGGCGGCAGCGGGUCGCGCACGUACGAGACGGACAAGUCGAGGAUCGAGAUGAAGGAUGCUCUUGGGCUUGGGUUCACGACCGCAAGAACGGUUGGGAUCUGA